AUGAAAAACUUCUCCGAUUUUUUACCACAGAGCAGGUAGGAAGGAAACAUAUUGAUGCCAAAACCUGAUUUUUCAAAGUUCCAAUUUUGGGGAUUGUACUUCUCUGCAAGUUCGUAUCCUCCUUGUGGUCUAUUCAUAGGAAGUUAUAAAUUUCUAUGGAGAAAUUAAAAGGACACAUAAAAUUGA